UUGGUAUAUGACAUAACAACCCUAAUCUCUCUCCCGGUAUAAAAUCGAUUUCUAAACCCUAAAUUCAUUUUCUCUUCCAUUCCAGCGGCCGGUUGAAGAACGAACUUCCCUCUUCAGCUAACUCUCUCUCUGCCUCUCAUCCAGAAGUAUGGAGUCUCAGAUUAAGCAUGCUGUUGUUGUGAAAGUUAUGGGCCGAACUGGGUCUAGGGGACAGGUGACUCAGGUGAGAGUCAAGUUUCUUGAUGAUCAGAACCGAUACAUCAUGAGGAAUGUCAAGGGACCAGUCAGGGAGGGUGAUGUGCUUACUCUUCUUGAGUCUGAGAGAGAAGCAAGAAGGUUGCGGUGAUUUCUCAUUGGCUUUGCCUCUGCUUUGCCAACAAAGUCUUCAUCAGUGUUCAAUAAUUCUAGCAAAUCUUGUUACUUGAACCUAUCAAUUAUGGAAUUUUACUUAUUUUGUUUGCGAGAAUGAAUUGUCUGGUCUGUUUAAUUAUUUUGAUGAAUUUCUAUGAAUUUUGUUUAAAUAUGAUUCAAUUCAAGCUUUAGAUUGUUGGAUGUU